AUGGCUGAGACAAAAAGUGUUAUAACGGAAUCAAAGCCGGUUGUUGUUUUUGAUCCGUUCAUACGAUACAUUGUCACAAUCAUAGUCUCACUUCUGCUUGCGCAGAUCGUCUGCGUGUUCGGCAUCGUCGCCAACGUGAUCAACAUCAAGCUCUUUCGCAAACUGGGUUAUCAAGAUGGCGUCAACGUCACGCUCACAGCUUUGGCCAUCAACGAUCUCGGGGCCCUCUUGAGUGAGCUGGCGUUUUUAAACAGUGGCAACCCGUUCAUUUCCGAAUUGGACGUCGUGGUCUCCAAGGUGGCAACCGGGAUGAUCUCUGGCUACUCCCAAGAGUAUUUCGUCAGAGUCAGCAGCGCGGUCACAACUUUCGCUGCUUUGGAGAGAUGUCUGUGCGUGACACGGCCUCUGAAGGUCAAGUCUAUGAUCACCACGAAAAAGGCGGUCAUGGUCAACUUAUGUUUAUUUCUCAUUUAUCUAGCUUAUCUUUAUGUACAGUUUUCUUAUGUGUAUAUGGAUUGGACGUUUCUACCUGAACGUAACAGAACAGUAUUCAUGGUAUUCUUCACCAAGAUGAGAACAGUUAUGUUUCCCAUAUCUUACUACGUCACGGAAAUUAUUGUCCCAUACCUCACAUUUCUGAUACUUAUUGUCUGCUCUGCAAUUCUGUUUGUAAAAUUGAAAUCCAAAUCUAAGUGGAGGCAAUCUCUGUCCAGCUCUAAAGAUCAGCUUUCUAGCUUGACCUCCAAGGACAGGAAGACGGCCAUGCUCUUCAUGACGGCGUCCAUCCUGUGCGUGGUGUUUCUACUUCCCGCCCAUCUCUUGUUCACCACUGCCAUAUUCAGAAGAGAGCUGGCACUAGAUGGCGCGCUCAGUGAUCUGAGUCUAAUGAUCAGCAGCAUCACCAACUUUCUAAAGGUCCUGAACUCUAGUUUGACUAUAUUUAUCUAUUAUACAAUGAGUACAAAGUAUAGAAACGAGUUUCAGUUAAUGGUGGGUAGAUGCAGACAAUGGCUAGGUGGUCAAUUAGAGUACACAACUUCAGAUAUAUAA